CCUUGUCUUAAAGUGCCCCUACUGAAAAAUCCUAAGGGUGAAAUCAAGCCCAAUUCCUGGUGGUUUUCAUUCAAACUCUGGCUUCACUGAUCCAAACAGUAGUUCUGUAAUAUCUGUACUCUUUAUUUAUACAACAGGAGCAAAAUAAGUUUUUUCCUUUUGGCAACAGUUACUUGAAACUGUCUAACAGGGAUGGUCCCUCUGGAGAGACGCCCCAAAUAUGCCACCUGACAGCCUUGCUAAUUCAUUCUCCGUUAUUAAAACUAUGGUAACGACCUAUUGAUAUGAGGACAUGAGAUUUGCUUUAAAGUUCAAUGACUUUAUUGACCAGUGUCUUAAGAUGUGUCUUGAGGAGAUCUCGCAGGACGGCCUUGGGAAGCGUCUUCAGCAUUCCUCCCGCCAGGCCAAUCUGCAUGACUUAGGUUUAUUACUUAUUAUUGUCCUGUUUAACUGUCAGUGUUUCUGCUGGUGCGACUACCAGAGGAGAGGGAUGCAGCUCAGGCACCAUAAUGAACCUGUGCCAGCCCCGUGGGCCUGUGCGGACCCCAGGGACAGCAGCCUUCACUCACUCUGAACCUCUGUUCCUCCUUCCUAGAUGCCAGAUGAUGCUCAUCGUCUUCGUGCUACUAGCGGCGGAUACUGGAUCGUCGGCCUCAGUUGUGGAGAUCCACAAAGAAGUGGGGGGUACAGCCACGUUCACGUGCCCCAGCGAUGGGAGAGGUGAUCCUGAGUUCGUGUACUUGCAGAAGGAAGUCGGCAAGCCUUCAGAUAUGAUCUUUGUGAAUGGCUUCCACGCUCAGAAACCGGUUGAAAUGCCAGCCAUUUAUAAGAACCGUUCGCAUGUGGACAGCAAUAGUAGGCAAGUGAUUCUGUGGGACCUGAGUCCUGCCGACGAGGGCCUGUAUGUUUGUGUAGUCAGGAUCAAGAUUGACAGCCAUACAAGCCAUACAAGCGAGAUAAAGUACAAUCUCACAAUCACAGCCAACUACAGCCAACCCCAGCUGAUGGAGAUCCACAAUGGCAGCACAUGCAAUGUCACAUGCUCCAGUAAUGGGGGCUACCCGCAGUCCGAAAUGGAGAUGGUCCUCGUGCCCAAUGUACCCGGGGCCACGGUGACCAAGCAGAUUAUGGAGGACCCAGUCACCGGGCUCUUCAGCGUGUCCAGCACCAUCACGCUGAACGUCUCCCAGCCGCUGAGUGUCACCUGCAUCGUGGGAAACCUCAGCUCAGUGCUGAAUGUCCAUCAGAUAAUCGACCCGCCGCAGCCGGACAGCAUCAUCAUCAUCGUCGCAUGUGUGCUGGUCAGUGUCCUUUUCAUUGUCGCCUUGGCAGUGGUGCUCCAGAGGAGGAGAUGUUCCCGCAACGGGAGCCUAGAUGUGAUAUAUUCGGCAGCCCAAAGGAGUGAGUAUCAGACCCCUGGUUCUCUCCAGACAAGCUGAAUGAUGCCACCCAUCUGAUGUGGACUAGCACUUCAACUGUCCUAGAGGGGGAGAGGAGAGGCCCUCGCACAGAAGACAUGCGGAUACACCCUGGUGCGCAAGUGCUGAUGAAUCUAACGAUUCGGGAUCAUCGCUGACUGCACAAGGCUUCUCUCGGGCAGCCAAACCAUGAUCUGCUGAUUCCCCACCGCACUGUCUGUGUAUGAAUAUGUAUAUGUCUGUAUAUUUUGAUAUACAUAUAUGUUGCAUAGCACUUUGUAUGGAAAUUCUGUUACCUCAGGCCAGAUACUAUGUUAUUUUUUUGUGUUAAAUUAACAGGGAACAGAUUUGGGUGGGGGGGGGGAUGUGCUGGUCUGAGGUGGUUGAACUACUGAUGGCAUCAGUAUCUUUCCUAAAGCACCUCAGGGUAAUAUCUGUGGGUGCAUGUAUAUCUGUCCAUCUUCCCACCCGGCACAGGCUUGGGGGGGGGGGCUGCUUGCUGUCCCAGGCAUGCAUUUAUGCAUGUAUAUGUAUAUUGAAAUGACCUUCAGAAGGUUGUUAUAAA